GUCAUCGGUCGCGGAGGCAUGGAUCCAACAACGAUUUGGACGCCAUUACACUGAACUGUAGGUGAUGUGGGCCAAACUCGGGCGCUUGAGGCCAAGAUGUCUAAGAUGCUUAGAAGAACAGCUUUACAAAAGGAAUGUUAAUUUUAACCACAGAAACUCUUCAACAAAUAAAUCAUAUGAAGUUGUAACAGAACUGUACAAAGUUUCUCCUGCUGGCCAUGUACCUUCACACAUAGAACAUCCACCUUAUGCCCACACUGGUAAAGUCCCAGAUCCACCCCUCUCCACUGAGAUUAAAACAGAGAAACAGAUUGCUCUCAUGAGAACAGCGUGCAGAACAGCCAGGAAAGUUCUCAAUACAGCUAGAGAUAAUAUCAUGGUAGGUGUCACAACAGAAGAUAUUGACCAGAUAGUACACCAAGCUGCUGUUUCGUUUGGAGCGUACCCUUCCCCUCUCAACUACAAAAAGUUUCCCAAGUCUGUGUGUACUUCUGUUAAUAAUGUGGCUGUACAUGGUAUACCAGACAGUCGACCUUUGCAAGAUGGUGACAUUAUCAGUGUGGAUGUUUCUGUCUUCAUAGGUGGUAUGCAUGGUGACUUGUGUGCAACAUAUAUGAUUGGUUCUGUUGACAAACAGGGUCAGAGAUUACUAGAAAGCUGUCAGCGUAGUCUUGAUGCUGCAAUUAGUAUCUGUAAACCUGGAGUAAGGUUUUCUUUGAUUGGAAACACAAUCGAGUCUGUUGCUAAGAAGGAUGGAUUCACAGUUUGUCCCAAUUUAGCAGGUCAUGGUAUUGGAUCAUAUUUUCAUGGAUCUCCAGAAAUUUUGCAUACAGGAAAUUAUAAACCUGGUAAAAUGGCAGCAGGCAUGACAUUUACUAUUGAACCAGUACUUUGUGAAGGAUCUUCAGAAAUAGCUAUUCUAGGCGAUGGUUGGACUGUUGUUACAAAGGAUGGCAAAAGGACUGCACAGUUUGAACACACUGUUUUGAUAAUGCAAUCUGGUGUUGAAGUGCUAACUGCUGAUACCAAAGAUUGACCAUGAAAAAAAAAUUAUUUUAUGUUUUAUGGAGAACAUAACAGAUAAACAAUAAAUGAAACAAAUUUUGCA